AUGGAGACGUUCAACCAUUCCAGAAUAUCUGAAUUUGUGCUACUUGGGCUUACUGAUUCUCCUGAGCUCCAGAUACUCCUCUUUGUGGUAUUCUCCCUUUUCUACUUAAUAACCGUGUUGGGUAACUGCCUGAUUUUGCUGACAGUCCUAUUCACCUCACAGCUUCACUCUCCCAUGUACUUCCUGCUCAGCAACCUGUCUCUCAUUGACCUGUGCCUGUCCUCCUUUGCCACACCCAAGAUGAUCCUGGAUUUCUUUGCUGAGAGCAAGACCAUCUCUUUUGGGGGCUGCAUUUCACAGAUCUUUUUCUUGCACCUCUUCACUGGGACAGAGAUUGUGCUGCUGAUCUCCAUGUCUUUCGACAGGUAUAUUGCCAUAUGUAAACCUCUGCUUUAUUCGACAAUUAUGAGCCAAAAAGUGUGUGUUGGGCUUGUGGUAGCUUCUUGGACAGUGGGCUUCCUGCAUACACUGAGUCAGUUAAUUUUCACCCUCUAUUUGCCCUUCUGUGGUCCUAAUGUCAUAGACAGUUUCUUCUGUGAUCUUCCUUUGGUCAUCCAGCUUGCUUGUGUAGAUACAUAUGUGCUUGGGCUCUUCAUGAUCUCAUCCAGUGGUGCAAUUGCUCUUGUAAGUUUUCUGCUUUUGCUCACCUCCUACAUCAUUGUUCUUGUCGCUAUCAGGGAUCAUUCCUCCUCAGGAUCAUCAAAAGCUUUCUCUACCUGUACUGCACAUUUCAUAGUUGUGCUAAUGUUCUUUGGUCCCUGCAUCUUCAUUUAUGUGUGGCCUUUCACAAGCUUCCUGGUAGACAAAAUUCUCUCUGUUUUCUAUACCAUCUUCACCCCCUUUCUGAAUCCACUUAUCUACACUUUGAGAAAUCAAGAAGUGAAGACAGCAAUCAAGAAAAAACUAAGUAAACAGUCUUCCAAUAUUAGGAAAACUACUAAAAGAUAUCCAGUGCAAUAA